AUGGAUGAAUGCAGAGGAGCGUCAACGCCAUUCGCUAGCGGCACCGUUCUGGAUAAAUGCUCAGAUCCAGACGUUUUUGGCUAUGAAACUAAAAACUAUCUAUCGCUUGUUGGUGGUUUGACAUACUUGGCUACCAUUUCGAGACCAGACAUCGCUUACACGGUAUCCAAACUAGCUCAAUUCCAUGGACAUCCAUAUAGAGAGCAUAUGUUGGCCGCAAAAACAGUGCUUAGAUACCUGAAAUCUAGGCCUCAGGGUACGUUAACUUUUCUACCUAACAGCCACAGUCUUAUUUGCUUUACAGAUGCUGAUUGGGCUUCUGAUAGUACGGAUAGAAAAUCGUACAGUGGAUUCGCUUUGUUCCUAGGCGAAAACCUGAUUGCGUGGGAAUCCAAAAAACAAAAGGUGGUUUCACUUAGUACUAUGCAGGCGGAGUACAUCGCAAUGUGUUCCGGGGCAAAAGAAGUUACAUUUCAUAGAAGUCUGCUGCAGGAGAUGGGUUUCAAUGAAUACACUAAGAAGCCAACAACAAUCAUGUGCGACAACCAGAGUGCGCAAUUCUUAGUAAAAAAUCGAAUUGUGCAUCAGCGAAGCAAGCACAUCGACAUUCGCUACCAUUACCUUCGAGACAAAUAUCAUGGAAAUGAAUUAAAUAUUGAAUAUGUCCCGUCAGAAGAUAAUGUAGCGGAUAUACUUACGAAGAAUUUUCCCAAAGACGGGCACGAAUACUUAACUGGCGCUAUCAAGCUGAAAUUUUAA